AGAAGUUGCCAACAAACGGGUAAGCACUAUCGUCGUUGCUAUCCGCAAACCCCGCCAAAUAGGCUCACAAAAAGCAUGCUCCUCCGCGCCGCGCUCUCGUUUGCACCACCGCCGCCCAGCCAUUCCGACCUUCGUCUUCAAGUUCCUGUUCCUCGCCAUGGUUCCACACUCUCAGGAUUAGUGUAUUUGCUUCAAGAUAUUCUUAUCUCUUUUGCUCUGUUCCUCGAGCGGCUCUGGCAAUUUGCGGUGGAGAUACCUAAUCUUCGAUCGAUCAAAUUCGGUCGCAAUCAAGUCCAAAUUCACUGAUCAAAUUUUUUAAUCGCGAAAUUUCCUAUUCGAUUACGCAUUCACUCGUCAGAUCAAAGUUUAUCGCGCAGGGAAAAGUGAUAGCGAUGCCUCCGUGCGAUUGUCAUUCGUAGCGGCAGCCAAAGCAAUAGUUCGAGGCGGCUUCGAUGUCUUCGUUCCGAGCGUUCCUCAACAGUCCUGUUGGCCCUAAAACAACUCAUUUUUGGGGACCUGCUGCAAACUUCGGUUUCGUGGUUGCUGGGCUGGCAGAUGUGAAAAAGCCAGCCGAUAAGAUAUCCGGCAAAAUGACGGCAGUUUUGUGCGUCUAUUCGCUGUCUGGCAUGAGAUUUGGAUAUAUGGUUCGGCCUCGGAAUUAUCUGCUUAUGGGAUGCCACGCCGCGAAUGAAACUGUUCAGCUCUAUCUUCUCUCCCGUUGGGCGAUGGGAACGAGGAAGAGUGUCAAUCACAGCAACGAGUAGCUUCCUCUUCGUUUCAAUGGCGGUAUGAAUAUGAUUACUCCAUUGUUGCUGUUUCGAAUUACUGUUUCUUAUGUGUUACCCCAAUACCAAUCCCCAAUAAACAAUGUUGUAAUC